AUGCUGCAGCAGGAAGAAGCAGCAGCAGCAGCAGCAGCAGCAGCAGCAGCAGUGCGCGGCCUCCCCCACCAUCAGCAGCAGCAGCAGCAGCAGCAGCAACAGCGGCAGCAGCAGCAGCGGUUGCUGUGUCCUUGCUGCUACCCCAACAGCUCGUAUAUAGGCUCUCAACAAUCCUCAGCAGCAGCAGCAGCAGCAGCAGCAGCAGGAGCAGCAGCAGCAGGAGCAGCAGCAGGCGGUGUCUCUGCUCCGGCCUCAGCAUCAGCAGCAUCACCAGCAGCAGCACCACCACCACCAGCAGCACCAGCAGCACCACCAGCAGCAGCAGCAGCAGGAGCAGCAACAGCAGCAGGAGCAGCAGCAGCAGGAGGAGGAGGAGGAGUGUUUGUGCUGUCUGCUGAAUCCGCGUUGCUGCGGCUGCUGCUGCAGUAUGUGUGGUGGUGCGAGGGCUCGUUGCUGCUGCCGCUGCUGCCGUUUGAGACAGCAGCCCCUGCAGCAGCAGCAGCAGCAGCAGCAGCAGCAGCAGCAGCAGCAGCAGCAGUUGCUGCUGCUGCAGCAGCAGGGCAGCAGCAGCAAGAGAUCGUUCGCUGCAGCAGCAACAGCAACAACCAACUGACACACACUCCUGCUGCUGCUUUCUCAGGAGUUGCUGCUGCAGAUAUCCUACAGCAGCAGCAGCAGCAGCAGCAGCAGCAGCAGCAGCAGCAAAUAUUACAGCAGCAGCAGCAGCAGCAGCAGGGCAUUGUAUACAGAGGCUAUUCUGCUGCAGCAGCAUCUCCGCUCUUGCCUUACCAGCAGCAGCACCUAUCUCACGUCCCCCACCACCACCACCACCACCAGCAGCAGCAACAGCAGCAGCAGCAGCAGCAGCAGCAGCAGCAGCAGCAGCAGCAAAGGCAGCAGCAGCAAGAGAUCGUUCGCUGCAGCAGCAACAGCAACAACCAACCACCACCACCACCAGCAGCAGCAACAGCAGCAGCAGCAGCAGCAGCAGCAGCAGCAGCAGCAGCAGCAAGAGGAGAGCCUGGAAGAGAGUUUAUUAUAUUUUGA